AGAGGAAGUUCGUCACGUCGCAGUUGUCUCGGCACGGCGGAUGUGUGUCGCCGCUUAGGUGACGCUGGGAAGUGCUUGCAGCCCCCGCCGCUGCCUUUUGGUGGAAGCACUAUGGAGGGAGAGAGGAAGAAUAACAACAAACGGUGGUAUUUCACUCGAGAACAGCUGGAGAAUAGCCCCUCGCGUCGUUUUGGCGUGGACUCAGAUAAAGAACUCUCUUACCGCCAGCAGGCGGCCAAUCUACUCCAGGACAUGGGACAACGUCUUAACGUCUCACAACUGACCAUCAACACUGCUAUAGUAUAUAUGCACCGAUUCUACAUGAUUCAGUCAUUUACACAGUUUCAUCGAUACUCUAUGGCUCCAGCAGCCUUGUUUCUAGCAGCGAAAGUGGAAGAACAGCCAAAAAAGUUGGAACAUGUCAUCAAAGUAGCACAUACUUGCCUGCAUCCGCAGGAGUCACUUCCUGACACGAGGAGUGAGGCCUACCUACAACAAGUUCAAGAUCUGGUGAUUUUAGAGAGCAUAAUUUUGCAGACCUUAGGGUUUGAACUAACAAUUGAUCACCCACAUACACAUGUGGUAAAGUGCACCCAGCUUGUUCGGGCAAGCAAGGAUUUAGCACAGACAUCUUACUUCAUGGCAACAAACAGCCUGCAUUUGACCACAUUUAGCCUGCAGUACACACCUCCUGUGGUGGCCUGUGUCUGCAUCCAUCUGGCUUGCAAGUGGUCCAACUGGGAGAUCCCAGUCUCAACUGACGGGAAGCACUGGUGGGAGUAUGUUGACGCCACCGUGACCUUGGAACUUUUAGAUGAACUGACACAUGAAUUCCUACAGAUUCUGGAGAAAACUCCCAGCAGGUUGAAACGCAUUCGGAAUUGGAGGGCAUACCAGGCUGCCAUGAAAACCAAACCAGAUGACCGAGGAGCAGAUGAAAACACGUCAGAACAGACAAUCCUCAAUAUGAUUUCUCAGAGCUCUUCAGACACAACUAUAGCUGGCUUAAUGAGCAUGUCAACUACGUCUACCACAAGUGCAGUGCCUUCCCUUCCUGUGUCUGAAGAGUCAUCCAGCAGUCUAACGAGUGUGGAGAUGUUGCAAGGCGAGCGAUGGCUGUCUUCCCAGCCUCCUUUUAAAGCAGAGUCUUCUCAGGGGCAUCGGACUAGUGAGAACUUGGCACUUAGUGAGCAUUCCUUGCAACAUGAUGGUUCAAAUGCAUUUGUUUCCCAGAAGCAGACUAGCAAGAGCGUGCCAUCAGCUAAAGUUUCACUUAAGGAAUACCGUGCAAAGCACGCCGAAGAGCUGGCUGCUCAGAAGAGGCAGCUGGAGAAUAUGGAGGCCAAUGUGAAGUCACAAUACGCAUAUGCUGCCCAGAACCUCCUGUCUCAUGACAGCCAUUCUUCAGUUAUUCUGAAAAUGCCCAUUGAGGGCUCAGAAAACCCUGAACGUUCUUUUCUGGAAAAGGCUGACAAAUCAGCUCUGAAAAUGAGACUCCCAGUGGCUAGUGGAGAUAAAGCAGCCUCUUCGAAACCAGAGGAGAUAAAAAUGCGCAUUAAAGUGCAUUCUGCAGGUGAUAAGCACAAUUCUGUAGACGACAGUGUCGCCAAGAGCCGGGAGCACAGAGAGAAGCACAGGACUCACCCAUCUAAUCAUCACCACCAUCACAACCACCACCCACACAAGCACUCUCACUUACAGCUGCCGGUCGGGACUGUGAAUAAGCGCCCAGGUGAUCCCAAACACAGCAGCCAGACAAGCACCUUAGCACACAAAAGCUACAGCUUGUCCAGUACUUUGUCUUCUUCGAGCUCUGCUCGGAAAAGGGGUCCCCCGGAGGAGCCGGGGGCUGCAGUGUUUGAUCAUCCAGCCAAGAUUGCCAAGAGUACUAAAUCUUCUUCCUUGAAUUUUCCCUUUCCUCCUCUUCCUACAAUGACCCAGUUGCCUGGGCAUAGCUCAGAUACAAGUGGCCUGCCCUUCUCACAGCCUGGCUGUAAAACUCGAGUUCCUCAUAUGAAACUGGAUAAAGGCCCACCUGGGGCUAACGGUCACAAUACAACUCAGUCAAUAGAUUAUCAAGAUACUGUGAAUAUGCUCCACUCCCUGCUCAGUGCCCAAGGUGUUCAGCCCACUCAGCCCACUGCGUUUGAAUUUGUCCAUUCUUACGGUGAAUAUAUGAAUCCGAGAGCUGGUAGCAUCUCCAGAUCUGGCAAUACGGACAAACCUCGACCACCACCCCUCCCGUCAGAACCACCUCCACCUCUUCCACCUCUUCCUAAGUGAAAAAAAAAAAAAAAAAAAAAAGGAAAAAAAAGAAAAAAAAAAGAGGCAAAAACUUAAAAAACAAAAAACACCUUUCUGUUUUUUUGUUUUGACUACUGAUACUGGACUACGAAAAUUACAUCCCUUAUGAAAUAUGUCACCCUUGGACUAAGGAAUAAAUUGCUAUUGAGACAGGUGGGAGGGUGGUGGAGGGCCUCGGUUAUUAUAUCUGCUGCCUCAUACAUCUAUUUUAUUAUAGCUUGUACUGGUGUCAGAGGUAAGAUUAAUGUUGAAGCUGUGAAGGAUUAAGAACACUUUCUCUGUUCUCGGCCUCUCCUCAUCCUGAGUAGGUUGGUUGGAGUAGCUAUCUUCCCUCUUCUUGCCGGAACUGAAAUGUGGAGGGUAUAAUUAAGCAGUUGUGGAGUCUUUUGGUGUUUAACAUAUCAGAAGAGAGGAAGUAUUUAAACGUCAAAUCUUUAAGAGACUUUUAAAAAUAAUUUAAAGAAAGUAAGUUAUCUGUUUAGUUUUUUUAUAUAAUCGGGAAGGGAAAGGUAUUUGCUGUGUUUGAGGAGCACAGCAAUGAC